AUGGAGGAGCUGGGGUUUGAGGACGACAGCUUCACAGGGCCACUGCCCAAGGAGUGGGCCAAGAUGAGCAAGCUCAGGAAGCUGUUCCUCCAUGUAAACAAGCUGACAGGCACGCUGAGCUCCAACUUUGGCAACGCCUGGCCGGCCAUGGAGGACCUCUUUCUGUCAUUCAACCGUUUUGCGGGGCCCCUGCCCAGUGAAUGGGCCGGGCUGCGCAGGCUGCGGCUGCUGCACCUGGCUACGAACAAGCUCACUGGCACGCUCAGCCCCAGCUUUGGCGCUGCCUGGCCGGCCAUGGAGGAGCUGCACUUGCACAGCAACGGGUUAACUGGGCCCCUGCGCAAGGAGUGGGCCAAAAUGGGCAAGCUCAGGAGGCUGCGCCUUGAUGGGAACAAGCUCACUGGCACGCUGAGCCCGGACUUCGGCGCUGCCUGGCCGGCCAUGGAGGAGCUGCACUUGGACAGCAACGGGUUAACUGGGCCCCUGCCCAAGGAAUGGGCCAAAAUGGGCAAGCUCAGGAACCUGCGCCUUGAUGGGAACAAGCUCACUGGCACGCAGAGCCCGGACUUCGGCGCUGCCUGGCCGGCCAUGGAGGAGCUGAUGUUGUAUAAGAACGGUUUCACAGGGCCGCUUCCUGAGGAGUGGGCCAAGCUGAGCAAUCUGAAGAAAUUAUACAUCCACGCGAACAAGCUCACUGGCACGCUCAGCCCCGGCUUUGGCGCCGCCUGGCCGGACAUGGAGGAGCUGAACCUGGGCACCAACGGCUUCACGGGGCCACUGCCCAGGGAGUGGGCCAAGAUGGACAAGCUCAAGAAGCUGCACAUGAAUAAGAACACGCUCACGGGCACCCUAAGCCCCGACUUUGGUACUUCUUGGCCAGCCAUGGAGGAGCUGAGGUUGUACGAGAACGGCUUCACAGGGGCACUGCCGCAACACACGAACAAGCUCUCUGGAACCCUCAGCCCCGACUUUGGUGCGUCCUGGCCGGCCAUGGAGACGCUGCUGUUGCACGAGAACGGCUUCACAGGGCCACUGCCUGAGGAGUGGGCCAGGAUGGGCAGGCUCAAGAACCUGUACCUUCGCGUGAACAAGCUUACGGGCACGCUCAGCCCCAGCUUUGGCGCUGCCUGGCCGGCUAUGGAGAACCUGAACCUGCGAACCAACGGCUUCACAGGGCCACUGCCCAAGGAGUGGGCCAAGAUGAGCAAACUGAGGUUACUGGUUCUUGAGUGA